CAGCCGGCAGAAGAAAGGAGGAAGUGGAAACAUCAGCGCUCUCUCUUCAGGGUGGGAGGAAACACCAAUGAGUCGAAACACAGACACACACAAACUCUGGACAUCAGCGCUGUAGAGGAGGAAGAAGUGCCCUUCUCGACUCGACAGACUCAGCUGUGGCGCUGUCGCUUGUGGCCUGAGUGAAUCCUCCAUCUGUGCGCCACCUGCUUUACCUCGCAUCACCCUGGAUGCUCUGCGCUGUCCGCACAUCAGAGCUUUUUCCAUUUCCUGCAGAUGUUGCACACUGUCAGCACGCCCGGCCCAUAUCUUAGACUCACCUGCUGUGCUGCACAGAAGAAUAACGCGGCAUCAUCUCGGCUCACUGUGGCUCUCCGCAUGUAGAAAGGUUUGGAUGACCCAUCUCUAGAAGUGUUUGACAGAGGUGAGCAGCAGCGAGACCUGCGGCAAACACUCUCCCGGCAGCCAUGCCGCCGCCGGCAGACAUCGUCAAGGUGGCCAUUGAGUGGCCGGGGGCCUUCCCUAAGCUCAUGGAGAUAGACCAGAAAAAACCUCUUUCGGCCAUUAUUAAAGAAGUGUGUGAGGGGUGGUCUUUGGGAAACCAUGAAACCUUUGCUCUUCAGAUUGCCGAUGCAACCAACUUCUACAUCACAGAAAAGAAUCGCAAUGACAUCAAAAAUGGCUCCAUCCUGCGCCUAACCACUUCUCCUUACCAGACGGCCCUCCAGCUUCAUGAACGGAUUCAGUCAUCCAGCAUGGAUGCAAAGCUGGAGGCACUGAAAGACCUGGCCAACGCAUCCCGGGACAUCACCUUCGCGCAGGAGUUCAUCAAUCUGGAUGGCAUCUCGCUGCUCACACAGAUGGUGGAGAGCGGGACUGAGCGCUAUCAGAAACUUCAGAAGAUUAUGAAGCCAUGUUUCGGUGACCUGCUGUCCUUCACUUUGACGGCCUUUGUGGAGUUGAUGGACCAUGGGAUUGUCUCCUGGGACACGUUUUCUGUGGCCUUUAUCAAAAAGAUUGCCAGCUAUGUAAACAAGUCAGCUAUGGACACGGCAGUGCUGCAGCGCUCCCUGGCCAUCCUGGAGUCCAUGGUGCUCAACAGUCAGGAUCUUUACCACAAGGUGGCGCAAGAGAUCACAAUUGGACAGCUCAUCCCACAUCUUCAGGGGACUGAUCAAGACAUUCAGACCUACACCAUUGCCGUUAUCAACGCUCUGUUCCUUAAGGCUCCAGAGGAGAAAAGACAGUUUGAUGAGAACAUUGUGGAUAUCCUAAAUUGUCCCCUGACAGAGAUGGCCCACAUUCUAGCUCAGAAGCAGCUACGCUCCAUCAUUCUCACUAAUGUAAUCCGGAGCCCCACACCCAUUAAUGAUGAGAUGGCGCAUCAGCUGUACGUGUUGCAGGUGCUCAACUUCAACCUCCUUGAGGACCGCAUGAUGACCAAGAUGGAUCCUCAGGACCAGGCUCAGCGGGACAUCAUCUUUGAGCUUCGAAGAAUUGCCUUCGACGUGGAGUGCGAGCCCAACAACGGCGGCAGCAUCGAGAAACGCAAGUCCAUGUACACUCGAGACUACAAAAAGCUCGGCUUCAUUAAUCAUGUCAAUCCAGCUGUGGAUUUCACCCAGAUCCCUCCAGGCAUGCUGGCUCUCGAUAACAUGCUUUACUUUGCCAAACACCACCAGGAUGCUUACAUCAGGAUUGUCCUGGAGAACAGCAGCAGGGAAGACAAGCACGAAUGUCCAUUCGGCCGCAGCAGCAUCGAGCUGACCAAGAUGCUCUGCGAGAUCCUGAAAGUUGGCGAGCUUCCCAGUGAAAACUGUCAUGACUUCCACCCCAUGUUCUUCACACAUGAUCGCUCCUUUGAGGAAUUCUUCUGCAUCUGCAUCCAGCUGCUCAACAAGACCUGGAAGGAGAUGAGGGCCACAAGUGAAGACUUUAACAAAGUAAUGCAGGUGGUGAGAGAGCAGAUCAUGCGAGCGCUCUCUCUGAAGCCUAAUUCCUUGGACCAGUUCAAGAGUCGCCUGCAGAAUCUGAGCUACACAGAAAUUCUGAAGAUACGCCAGUCCGAGAGGAUGAAUCAGGAAGACUUCCAGUCCCGGCCCAUCUUGGAGCUGAGGGAAAAGAUCCAGCCAGAGAUCAUGGAGCUGAUCAAACAGCAGAGGCUCAACCGCUUGUGUGAGGGAACCUGUUUUAGGAAAAUAAGCAGUCGCAGGAGGCAAGAUAAAUUCUGGUACUGCCGGCUGUCUCCAAAUCAUAAAGUCCUGCACUAUGGAGAUCUUGAAGAGAGUCCACAGGGAGAGGUCCCCCAUGACUCUUUACAGGACAAAUUGCCUGUAGCUGAUAUCAAAGCUGUUAUCACUGGCAAAGACUGUCCUCACAUGAAGGAAAAAGGAGCCCUCAAGCAAAACAAGGAGGUGUUAGAGCUGGCCUUCUCUGUCCUCUACGAGUCGGAUGAAUACUUGAACUUCAUCGCUCCUGACAAGCAUGAGUACUGCGUAUGGACGGACGGUCUCAAUGCUCUCCUGGGAAAGGAGAUGAGCAGUGAUUACACCAAAACCGACAUGGACACCCUACUCUCCAUGGAGAUGAAGCUUCGCCUACUGGACCUAGAAAACAUCCAGAUUCCCGAGGCGCCUCCCCCGAUUCCCAAAGAACCUAGCAACUAUGACUUUGUUUAUGACUGUAACUAGGCCUGCACUCCCCCAAAAGCCUGAAACACAGCUCCCCCACCCAACCCAACCCAUCUGUAUUCACUGGACAACACCCAUCCCCUUCUCAAAAACUAGUAGAAGCAUAAACAAAAAGUGAGGGAUUCUUGAUUCUUGUUACAGCUUUGAAAGAGAAAAAAUGGAAAAUGUUGAUGUUAAUGUUUUGCACUUCAUUGACUUGGGGUUUAGGGGGGGGGUCAGUGUAGAGUCAUCAGGAUGGAGAAGAGAAGCCAGGGAGCGUUCUUUUGUUUCAUCUCCACAUCGCCACCAUCGCUUUCCUCCUGUGACUGAUGUUUCCAAACUUUCUCUGUUCCUUCCUUCCCACCCAAGCACUCCCUGUCUUCUUGCUUCUGUAGACAAACAUUUUGAAAUUUAAUUCUCUUCACGUCUUCUGUCUAUAGAUUUUUGUUUUGUUCCUUUUUUAUUUUUCCUCAGGGUUUUUUUUUUGUGAGGAGGGACAAAGAUUGCAGUGAUCAGGAUAAUGAUUUUGUAGUUAAAGAGCCUUUGAGAUGUAAAGGUUGUUUUUGGUCACCUUGUCAGAAGGUUUUAUUUUCUGUCACAUUUCCACUUAUUUUGUGGCAGCUAAAUGGAGGCUGAAUUACACCCAAUGGACCCAUAAGACGUUAAAAUACUUUAUUUUCUUGGCUCAGUCUCACUUUACACGUACUGAAGACUGUUUAAAUAAAGGUGAUCCUCAAAAUCCAACCACUUUACCACAGAAUGUUUUAUACACAUAUUGAUUUUAUUGCAAAAAGUGAUGCUCGUUACUUAUUGUACAUACAUACAUACAUACAUAGUGGCACUGCCGUGAAACAACUGUAGAAGAGCCACCAUUGUUAAAAAAACGCACUCUUGUCUCUCCCUA